CAUAAGGCUGCGCGCUCUCACGCGUCUGUGAUUCGGCUGAAGAAAGAUAAACUGAGGUCCACGGGACGCUUUUAUAAAGAUGGAGUUUAUUAAAGAGGAGAGUGAAGACGUGAAGAUUGAAGACACAUUCAGAGUCAAACAUGAAGAGACUGAGGAACAAACAGACCUGAUGGCACUGAAAGAUGAGAGUCAAGGACUGAAUGAAACGGAAGAGAAAGAUCAAAAUGAGAAACAUCAUGAUUUCAAAACUGAAGAAAAAUCAAUUAGAUGUUCACAGACUGAAAAGACUCAGAAAAUACAAACUAAAACCCUUAAUUCCAACAUAAUUCAUAUUGGAGAGAAACCUUACACUUGCAAAAUGUGUGGAAAGUGUUUUACACGGAAAGAUCACCUUAAUGUCCACAUGAGAAUUCACACUGGAGAGAAACCUUACACCUGCAAACUGUGUGGAAAGUGUUUUACACGGAAACAUACCCUUAAUGUCCACAUGAGAAUUCACACUGGAGAGAAACCUUACACCUGCAAAAUGUGUGGAAAGUGUUUUACACGGAAAGAGCACCUUAAUCUCCACAAGAGAAUUCACAGUGAAGAGAAACCAAUCAUAUGCCCUCAGUGUGGAAAGAGAUUUAAACAGAUAAAUGACCUUAAUGUCCACAUGAGUAUUCACACUGGAGAGAAACCUUAUACCUGCAAACUGUGUGGAAAGUGUUUUACACGGAAACAUACCCUUAAUGUCCACAUGAAUAUUCACACGGGAAAGAAACCUUACACCUGUGAGCUGUGUGGAAAGUGUUUUACACGAAAAGAGCACCUUAAUGUCCACAAGAGAAUUCACAGUGAAGAGAAACCAUUCAUAUGCCCUCAGUGUGGAAAGAGAUUUACAAAGAUAUAUGGCCUUAAUGUCCACAAGAGAAUUCACACUGGAGAGAAACCUUACACUUGCAAAGUGUGUGGAAAGUGUUUUACACAUAAAAAUAGCCUUAAUGGCCACAUGAGAAUUCACACUGGUGAGAAACCUUACACCUGUGAGCUGCGUGAGAAGAGUUUCACACGAAUUGGAGAGCUUAAGAUUCACAAGCAUUCACAGUGAAUUAAACAGAAAAAUACCCUUAAUGGCCACAUGAGAAUUCACACUGGUGAGAAACCUUACACCUGUGAGCUGUGUGAGAAGAGUUUCACACGAAAGGAAGAUCUUGAGAUUCACAUGAGAAUUCACAGUGAAGAGAAACCAUUCAUAUGCUCUCACUGUGGAAAGAGAUUUACACAGAAAAAUACCCUUAAUGUCCACAUGAGAAUUCACACUGGAGAGAAACCUUACACCUGUGAGCUGUGUGGAAAGUGUUUUACACGGAAAGAUCACCUUAAUGUCCACAUGAGUAUUCACACUGGAGAGAAACCUUACACCUGGAAAUUGUGUGGAAAGUGUUUUACACAGAAAAUUCACCUUAAUGUCCACAUGAGUAUUCACACUGGAGAGAAACCUUUUAUCUGCAAACUCUGUGGAAAGAAUUUCUCACAUAACAUAUACCUAAAGAAUCACAUGAGGAUUCACAACUAGAGAGAAUCCGUUCGCAUGUGGUCAGUGUGGAUAGAGUUUCAGAUAUAAAGAAAGCCUUAAUAAUCACAUUAAGUUUCAUUCAAGAGAGAACAGUUUUAAAUGUCAUCAGUGUGAAAUGAGUUUCACAGAGAGGAAACAUCUUAAGAAUCAUGUUAAAAUUCACGUCUGAGAAAAGCCUUUACUGUGCCAUCUCUGUGGAAAGAGAACUUUGCUCAACAGGAGGAAGCCUCAAGAAACACUUGAGAAUUCGGCUGGUCUCCAUGUUUGGAAACCUAGAGUCCCAGUCAAACGCAGUCAGUCCAGUAUGGGAUGACAAUAGCAAAGAAAAUACUAUUUUGAAGAAAGUUUGUACACAAAUUUGAGAUGUGGCUAACAGAGUUUAGCAGUGUGCUACAAAUGGAGAAAUUCUGAUGUGAAAUUGCUGGUAAACUGAAGAUAUAUCUUGAAGGUGAUAACUGAUUAUUAAUUUCAACACUCUAGACAAGGGAUAGGCAACGUUGGUUCUGGGUACCACUGUCCUGCAGAUUUUAGGUCCAACCCUAAUCAAACACACCUGAACAAGCUAAUUAAAGUCUCCAAAUUUACAAGUGCUACAGGCAGGUGUUGGUUUUUUCAAGGUUUGAGGUAAACUCUGCAGGACAUCGUUGCCUAUCCCUGAUCUGGACAUAUUCUCAGUGUGGUGUGAAAGACUAUGUUUAGUAAGGUUAUCAUGCAGCUAUUGAAUAAUUGGAUAACAUUUUGUACUGAAAUUGUAUUUUAUAUAGUCCCCCUCCCAAUUUUAGAAAACAUUUGGGGCAUCAUAAAGAGGAAGAUGCGACAAAGAAGACCUAAGACAGUUGACAUCCAAAGCAGUUUGACCAAUAACAUGCAGGUAUUAUUCAUAAUUGACUGAUUGUGGGGCUGCGCGUGAGAGGGUGAGAACUACAAGGAACGAUCAAAGCGGUGCCAACAUGUGUUUGUUCUGUCGUUUGACUUGAAUCGUUGCUGCACACCAAUCAAAAAAAGGUUCGAGAGAGUGAAUCGAAAGUAUUAGGAGUGGUCUGCUCUGCUCUCUAUAGCUCAUGAAUGUAACACAACCUGGAUAUUUUAGGCAAUAUUAAAAUCCUGGCCGGGACGUGUCCCGUAUGAACGGCGCAUGUGGCCACUCUAUUGAGUAUAGACUGCUUACCUGUGCUCCCACUUUCCAGUGAUCACUCCGGUGUAUUCUCCAAGUUCCUGUUUUCCCUGUCAUCCAGUUGUCAUCAUGUGUAUAAGUGCUCCAUGUGUGGUUGUAGCUCCAUGUAGCUUCGCUUUUCUGUUGAAUCUCCAUCUUACUAUCACUCUCUGUUGUCUAAAGUGAUCAAAUAUAAACUUAAUUCCCACCAUAUAUUCGAUAUUAUCUAUCAAACUAAUCUGACCAUUCACAUUGUAGCCGAUCUGACUCGAACCAGACAAAUUAAAGAGUCGAUCAGGACUGUGGUUGAAACACGAGCCGAAUACCUCAGGAAGUCCUAAAACAUUCUGUGCCACAAGUCCCAAGCAAGAUAACCAACCAACCAACUCUGCAUCUUCAGCCAACGCCCAACCACGGGCUUCCCAAGACGUCACUUCAGCGACUACAGAACUUCCAGCCAAUCAGCGACAUCGGAAACCCCCUUUCAACGACAACAAAGGGACAUCUUUAAACAGGCAAUGUACCUUUAGACAUUUGUACUGGUGUAUCUAAUAUAAUUUAAACCUCAUUGAGGAACUCGAUGCGAGGGUUAAUUAAGUGAUUGAUGGCUGUUCAUGUUUAUGCAAUUUAACGUAUUGCUGUAAACUUGGGAUUCCACAUUUCCAUUCUCUUAAACUCAUCUUUCCCUAACUUUCGAUCUACCUGCAACUUGUGUGAGUGCGUGCGUUUAUGUGUUAGAUUAGUUUAUGUCUUAGAUUUAUCUAAUAAAGUGAUCCUGUUCAAAUUCCCUUUAAAAUCUUAAAUGAUUCCCUUUUAGCUAAAUUGACCUGUUUCCGUUACAGCUUUAAACUUGCAAAUUGCAAAUGCUUUGCGCAUACACCGCGUUAGCAUUCGUUAGCUUGUCAUUCACAUUUCCACUCGCGCUUCUAUUCGCAUGUACUACAGUUUUCUUUUCUCUUGCCUCAUAUCUUUUAUCUCACACGCCAUUUUUCAGAAGUUUAUCAAAAAACAUUGGUAAGUCAGAAUCAUUCUUCAUUCACGGUAAGUAAUGGCUUCUCCUGCUAUUGUUGUUUGCAUCGCUUGCCGCAUGUACAGUUUAGCUUUCUCUGUUGGCAACGAGGGAUUCACAUGUGAUAAAUGCAGAGAAAUAGCAAGGCUUACAGGGAAGAUUUCAGAAUUAGAGACAUGCAUCCAAACUUUAAUUGAGGACAGUAAGAAUGUGAGGGCUCUAGAUACGGCUUUGGAUGCGUCUAGCUCAGGGAGUCCUGUACAUUGUCCGGUUCCGGAAUCAGAGCCUCUGCAUCAGGGCAACUGGGUGACAGUGAGGCAGCAUAGUCAUGGGUCAAAACACCGCUCUUCUGUUCCGAUCAAAACAUUAAACAGGUUCUCCCACUCAGUGAUGCACCCACUGAGAAACCUGAUGAAAGUGCUCUAGUUAUUGGUGAUUCUAUUGUACGGAACGUGAAUAUAGAGACACCAGCCACCAUAGUCAAAUGUUUACCAGGAGCCAGAGCGCCUGACAUCUUGGCAAAUUUAAAAGUGCUGGCUAAUGCUAAACGUAAAUACAGUAAGUUAUUCACUAAUGAUGUUCGACUUUUCACCAGUCGGAGAUCACUAAAAAUAACAUUAAACUGUUAACCUGCACCCCGACGCGGGCGUCCUCAAUGCCCCUCAACUCGCAGGUGUCAGUGUUUACGAAUAGAUUAAAUGAAAUGGAACAAAUUUAAUCUUGACAAACUAUUUAUCACUAUAAAGAUCUAAGCCUCAAGCAUCGAUGACAGAUCGCUGUUUUUGAAUGGAAAGCUUAUAAAGAAUGUAUUUGACUAGAUUUGUCUAAGCAGUACACAUCAAAACAUGCACAAUGGAAACGCAGUACAUACCAGAUUCGUCGUUACAACGAGUCAUAAACACAUCCACAGCUGUAAAUCCCAGUUUAGUUAGAAAGGUAAGGGUCCACUGAACGACAUCUCAUGGAGCACAUUUAGUCCAACCAAGCAAUAACAUUGUAAUAUGGAUCAUAAUUCCUUUGUUUACAUUUCAUUUCUUCAGCGACAGAAUUGUUUGCGUCCGUUAUGGAAUAACUCAUGGUCAGAAACUGCAUCUUGGUAGUAAAAAAAACGGCAUGGUUUUGCAGCGUACAGUGUCACAAACAGAAUGAGACAUUCCACUGGAAAAAAGAAUGAAUGAAAGAUAGGCAAAAGAUAGUUUAUUUGAAUUUUGGCGCUCCCUCGUGACGCGCUCUGACGUCAGCUGAUGGACGCAGAACUUAUAGCAAUUGCCUUUUUCUUUGUUUCUUUUAUUUUUCAACAGUUUUUAUAUAUGUGAGAGUGUGUUUUAUGUUGAAUGUGAAUGUAUCUGCAUGAUUACCAUCUAUUUGAGUGCAAAUCAGCCCAAAUCAGCUCGCUAUUACUGUAUGAUAACGGCUAUCAAAGUGAACGUGUCUAUAUGAAUAGAGAGAGUGGAUUAUUUACUUUAUGGCACAUUUGUAUUAUUACCAUCUGUAUAAGUGGCCAUCAGCACAUCAGCCCUUAUUUUCAUUGUAAUUCAUUGUAAAUGCUGAAUUUCUAGCAAUCUCAGGAUGUUCUGUAAUUGGCAAAUAAAGUUAAAUCUUUUUAUUAUUAUUAUUAUUACUCAAAUGAUUCUUAUUGUAUUUUUCUAGUGCUCAAAUAAAUCACUUAUAUGAUG